GGGAAAACAAUGGAUAGGGUCAAAAAGCCCCAUCUCCCGUCCGGAAUGCUCACUCACAUUGAAGAUCCCUAUCUUGUUAUGACACCUCAGUAAAUCACCGGCGUGCCAAAGUCCACCGGGAUCCUGGUUCGAGUUUGGGAUAAGACUAUGAUGAUGCGUUGCGGAACUCCCUUCCUCUAUCUAAUAGUACCCUAUUCCACCUAGACCCGUGAAUCACAGGAUUUUAGCUCCUAUAUAUAGCUGUUUGCCGUCUUCCUUCUGUUACUUCUUCUAUCCUAUAACUAUAUCCGAUACACUCAACUCGUUUCACCAACUUGCAUUCAGCAUCAUCAGUUACAAUCACCACAAACAACAAGUUUCACAAGAACAGACUUAACCAAACAUCAUUCAAAAGAAAGGUUCACUUAUUUGAACAUCCUGGCUAACUGUGAACCAAAAGAAGGCCAGAAGACAAAACUGUGGACAGCAGACAGCCAUCAAGCACGAUAUACGAACCACAUCAACACUGAAAGGAUUCCAAACCUGACGUCCAAGUGUUAUAUUUGGACGACUGAGUAUCCGCUGUUGCUUUUUGGGCCAUCCUGAAAGAGGACAAUCUGAAAAGAAUCUGGACUGCGUUCGAACUGAAGCCGACCCAUUAAUUCUCAGUGACAACAGCUUCUGUGCCACAUAUUUCAGACCAUAUUCAUAUUCCAUCCAUUGUUAUCCUUCGGUCCAAGUGCCAAAUUCGCUAUGUGCGUCAAAGAAUUCAUCGGCUUCAACUGUGGCCACUGUGCCCUUCCCACACUCCGUGGCUGCCCGAUCGUUUCCCAAUCACCACAUUUCCCUUACUGCCGGUACCCUGGUGAGCGCCCUAUCAUAGUCCCUGAAAAUUGCCCCUCAUGUGCAAGAGUGGUCUGGAACCAGCGCACACUGGCUAAAGAGGAGUCCCACCGAGAGAUGCAUUACAGACUUGGGAGGGAAGAGUGUGUAUUUGGAGGUGAAAAGGGGGGAUGUGAGACGAGGUUUGAUAUUGACAUUGAGAGAGAACUAGGGGGUGGUGGACGACAGAUUCGGCAUGCGGGAUAUGAGAGAGUGCCUGCGCCUGGACAAAUGCAGAUCAUGGAGAUGCCCAGUGGGAAUGCGGAGAGAAGUGGUGGUGGAAUAGGAGCGACAACGAUGGGACGAAAGGUAUCGAAGAAAGACCGUAGAAAGAGCAGUAGAGAAAUUGAAGACGCGAUCGCGAGGGUAGAAGCCAGGUUUGCCGCCAUAAACUUAGAAUCAAGCAGACGAGCGGCGAUUGAAGACGCGCUUCGCAGCGCAGGGCACGCCUACGUGGUUGCUCCUAGCCGCUCAAACAAUGACUCUGAAAUCCUUGCCCAGCAGACUCGUCUGGGCGCUGCCAGUGGACCGAGUAUGGAAACGGAGUACCAGAUGAGCAACUACCACAUCCCUAGGAACAGAUCCGGGCCCGGUCAAUUGUCCAGUAGCGACUAUAGUUCCCUCCAUUUUGGGCCCCAGGUCCCACCUGGUAACGCAUAUAUCGGUUACCAAUUCGGCAACGAGGCGGCUGGACAUGAAGCAUUGCCCGGGGCAAACUUGAACAAUGCGAAGGAAGAGUACGACUCAGGUCGCCAGCUGCACGAAGCUCGUCUGCCUGGUGAAGGAAAAGUCGCGGUGCAGAAUUAUAUCGGCACAACAAAGUAUUACCCAGAUGAAGAUCAGUACAGAAGCGCAUCUGGGGAUGAGAUGAUUGCCAAUGUCAAAUAUAACCCUGGUGGCGUGGUGCCCAGGGGUCCCAGGGCCAAACAGGAAAAAAGCAUUCAGUUUCGGGGCGCCGCUCAGCAGUUCACUUCACAAAUGUCGCCUUCAAACUUCAGCGACCCAGCUCUAGGAAUGAGCGCUCCUCCUAUGGACGGUUUCCGCGAUAGUCAAUCAACACCGUCUGCGCCCCAUGUCCUCCCAAUGGGCCCUCCGGCAAGUGUUAGCCAUCCAAUAUUUGAUGGCGUAAAUGAGUACUCUCCACCAAAUCGACCAUAUCGAGGCCCAGCCAUUGUUAGCAGCGACAUGGCCAACACAGGGGAUACCUGA